CAAAAUGAAGCGGAACUAUUCUAGCCUGAAGCUUAGAGGUAAUAUGUGAUUUAUUCCAAAAAACAUGGAAGACUCCUUGCAGAUAAACUCAAUAAAGACCCCUAUUGUUCAACAGAAAUCUCCUCCUCCAAAUGUGAGGCUAAAGCCGCUUAAAAGGGCAACCUCAAUGACGAGAUGUCGACUGAAAUUGAACAAGAAAUAGGUUUGAUAAGUCAACACAGAUUUGAAAACCUUCUCUGUUAAAGCCAAAGGAGUUUCAACUUAACUUCAAGGGAAGCAAGUUAAGAACAAAGAUUUCGAUAGAUAAACUUCAGAAACAGCAAAAGACUGACAGAAAAUUGCUUUUUAGCUAUUGAGCUACCCCAAUGCAGAAAGCGCCAGCCAUUGAAUACAGUAUUAGUUCACAGAAAUUGAAAUAAACAGCUAUCUGAUGCCAAAAUUCAAGAUCCCAAAUUGAAAAUGACGCCAAUGAUUAGCAGAAACUCCUUCUUGCCUCAAUCAUUCAGAACAACCUUCUAUAAUGGAAAAAGAAGAGAGAGGAAAGGAAAGCAUGGCUAUAAGCUUCCAAAUUUCAAAACUCACAAAAAUGAAUCUGGCGCUACUAAAAUUCAUGAUUUUGUAAAUCAAUCCUUGGAAAGCUUAAGCAAGCAAUAUAGUCAGGAAGAGUACCCAGGCUCAAUAGAAAAUGAUCCAGAAACACUUAUUUUCUUGGACGAUAAAUAUGAGCUCAUCAACAGACCGAUAAUUGCACGAAAGAGACCCGGAUCUAAAUGUCAUAAUACCAUUCAGACUGAUAAGACUUCUAAGAAAAUUUUGAAGUCAAGUAAGAGCCAGGCGUGUUCAUUAAGCAUCUUAAGGAACAACCAUGAGACUAAACUACAUAAAUAAGGGGUUUUCUCCUUCCAAAAAGUUGGCUAGGAAAAAUAUUGUAAUCCAGACAGAUUUCAAAGCCUCCUCUACUAACUCUCAAAGUGGUAGCAAAGAAGUUGUUCUAAACUUCAUUAACCAAAAGCCUAAUGUAAAUCGUUCAGAUAGCAAAGCAAUGAAGCUAAUGCAGUCGAUGCCUGAAACUGCCAGUACUGCUAGGAAUAAGCCUUUCAUAACCCUCAAAAGGGCGUUGAUUUCAAGACAGAGGAACGAUCUUGGAUUUCUCUCCCGAUUUUAUACCUAUAAUGACAACUGCUAUGAUGAAGGAAAAGCCACAGGUGACCAAAGGGAUGAAAUCAGGACACUUUUCAGUAACAAAUCUCUCAGAAGUGUCAGCUUCAAUAAUCUGUAACUCCCACAUUGCAUAAAUAAAGAAUCUGGUCUUGACCAAAUCUUU